AUGACCACAGCUGCGCGUAACCCUGCGCGUGGGCGUCGCUUAGACGACGCUCUCUCCCAACUAGUCGACGGGCUCACCCCCGCGCUCCCGGUCUCCGCCAUCCAAAACGAAGAUUACUCCGACGAAGAGGAAGCCCUUGCCGCAGCCGAGAACCGAAGACACAAUAUCCUGCUGGAACGUGCCUGGCGCGUCCUCGACACCCAUACUGGCACCAAUGCCCCCGAUUCCGGGUCACCUGCAGGACCGGGAGGACGUCGCGGGAGCUUCGCGGGUGCGGAGAGCAUCAACAACGCGCCGGAUCUCAUCAAGCGCAAGCUGCGCCGUGAAAAUGAAAGUCCGGAUAAGGCGGUGCGCUUUUCAAACCUGUACUCCCGUCUCUUGACGCAGCCUGUACUAUCGCAGAAAUGGGGAAUUCUGUUCUUACUUUACAAAUUGUCGGCUUCGAAUGAGUCUGCGGAGGGCCGAGCGCGGAGCCGCAGCCCUUUGAUGGAUGAUGUACAUUUGCAGAAUAUGUUGGGAAAGGAUGGACGACCUCGGCGGGCUGCUGUGAUCGACUCGGAGGAUGAGGGCCCUGCCGUUAGCUCCUCAGCUUCGCAGGUAUACCAGCGAGUCCCUCCUGUAAAGAUGGAGCGUCAAGCUUCGGUACGGCGUGAUGCUGAGCGCGGUGACGCAGAGGCUGCCAGUCGUGCUGCUACCGAAAGACCAGUAACGGCGAAUCGUGUUGACAGCGCGAACGACCGUAAUAGUGACGAGCAAGCUCGUGCUCCAUCACCUCGUCCUUCAAGCGCAGGCCAGGCUAAACCCACUGGAUCUGUUGAACAUCAAUUGUUACGUGAUUUGCCGUUCAACCUACAAGGGUUAUCUUCCUCAAACCUACAUUUCAGUUCCGCGUCAAGCUUGAAACUACCAUCAAAUCUACCAGCGCCGAUGACUUCACUUCUGAACGCACUGGCAGAGCCUUGUUUACUUUACAAGGGUCUUUCUGCGUUCGUGGAGAGCGAAGAGGGCGGUCUGGUGAACCAGAGUUUGCGGGCUGCCAUUGCAAUUGAGCUUCGGGCAUACCUCAGUUUAGUGGCCACGUUAGAGGCGGAGAUCCGACAGGCGUUAGCCUCAAUUGGAGAUGGAACCGAACCACAGGGCAUGCGGAAAGGAGGCGUCACCCUGAAACGGUGCGUGGUGUGGACGAGAGAUGCUACAAUGGCUCUUCGACUGAUGAGCCUGAUCGUGGAAGAGGCUCAUAGUAAAAGAGGUGGCCAACUAAUCUCCUUGAUACAUGGUUUCUCGACAUCCCACGGAGAUCCAUUCGUGUGUGCUUUUGCUGAGAAGCUUCUUGCGCAUGUGACCCGUCCGUUCUACGACAUGCUACGGCUGUGGAUUUACGACGGUGAGCUUUCAGAUCCAUACAAGGAAUUCUUUGUCGCAGAUCCAGAGUUCCGGCCGAAGUCAGAUCCCCGGCGAAUCGCAACAAGUGUCUGGGAAGAUAAAUAUAGGCUUGACGACGGCAUGGUGCCAUCGAUAAUCACCCAGGAAUUCGCCAAGAAGAUUUUCUUGAUUGGAAAAUCACUCAACUUUAUCCGCUACGGCUGUAGCGAUUCUGCAUGGGUGGAGGCAUAUUCAAAGAAAGCAUCUAAGGAGCUACGGUAUGGCGACACCGCGACUCUGGAAACUUCCAUCGAUGAAGCAUAUAAAACGACCAUGGCUCGAUUGAUUACUCUGAUGAAUGGAAAGUUUAAUCUCUUUGAUCAUCUGAAAGCGCUGAAGAGCUACUUAUUGCUAGGCCAAGGAGACUUUAUUGCCCUGCUCAUGGAGUCGCUGGCGUCGAACCUGGACCGACCCGCUAAUUCACAAUAUCGACACACCCUGACCGCACAAUUGGAACAUGCAAUCCGUGCCUCCAACGCCCAAUACGAUACCCCAGAAGUGCUGCGCCGACUUGAUGCCCGAAUGCUCGAGUUGAGCCACGGUGAAAUCGGGUGGGACUGCUUCACGCUCGAGUACAAGAUAGACGCCCCUGUGGAUGUGGUCAUCACACCCUGGGCAUCAACCCAAUACCUGAAAGUCUUCAACUUCCUGUGGCGUAUCAAGCGAGUGGAAUUUGCACUGAACAGCACAUGGCGUCGAUGCAUGACUGGCGCACGAGGCGUGCUUGGCAACGUGGAAGAUAAGUUUGGAGCAGACUGGAAACGUGCGCGAUGUGUGAUUGCAGAAAUGAUCCACUUCGUCAACCAACUCCAGUACUAUAUUCUGUUUGAGGUUAUCGAAUCCAGCUGGGAUCAGCUACUAGAAGCUAUCCGAAAGCCUGGCUGUACAUUGGACGACUUGAUUGAAGCACACACCAAAUACCUCAACUCCAUUACCCACAAGGGUUUACUCGGAUCCAUGUCCUCACGCCACGGCGCUUCAACAUCAGGCUCUGCCAAACCGCCCGAAGAAAGCUUCCUCAGUCAGCUUCACCAGAUUCUUAAGUCCAUGCUUCAAUACAAGGAUUACGUCAAUGGCCUGUACUCAGUCUCUGUGACGGAAUUCACCCGCCGCCAGGAGAUCAACGCCAAGAUUGAGACGCGAGCCUCUCAAGGUCAGUGGGGGACCUCGGAUCGUGGUCUCCUGUCACGACAGUCCAACAGCCGCGGUGGAACCUCUAUGGCAUCGACACCAGACCUGCGGCCCGACAGCGCCGGAGUAGACGGAGUCAACACCCCAUUGUCUCUUGGAGGCCAAAACCUCGCUGGCGACGACGACAUCCUUAACCGACUACGUGGGUCUUUGGAUGCCGUCUCCACAGAGUUCCAGACACGGCUUACCCGCCUUCUGCUUGAUCUCGCAUACCAACCAGACGUGGACAUGCGCUUCCUGGCUAUCAUGAUGAACUUCAAUAAUGUCUACGACACCAAGCGCCGAAAGACAGCUGGCCCAAGUACAAAAGACAAGGAAAGGGAAAGGGAGAGAGAACGUGAAAAGGCCAAACGUAGGGCUGCAGCUACAGCAGCUGCCACAGGCUCUGGGACUGAUACCGGUGCACCAGCAGAAGUCCGCAGAGAGAGGAGGGAUACCGGGGUGAACGAUCAAGGUGGAAGCGGGGCAUAG